CAAAAAACAAACACUGAUAACAAGCCAAAACAGAAGUGCUCACGAAUCGCAGUGUACCUCGGGAACCAUAACGAGAGAAACGUCAAAUAAAGUUCAACGAAUGCCGGGAUUCCAGGUGAAUGUUGUCAUGUGGCGAUAAUCUUAGAGCAUUCGUCAUGGGAGAAUUGGUCAAAUCGUGCUGCUACUGUUGGUGCACCUGCUACCAGUCCGGCAUUUGUUGUGUAAGCCUGUGCUGCUUCGUGAUACCAAUUGUUGGCCUACUUUUGAUACUGACCGGAAUCGUGUACGCGAUCGUGCUGAGCUUCUCGAUCAUCGACGACGAUGACGAUGGUGCGGGGACGGAAAAGCAGAACCAUGGCCUGAGUCGGCUGCUGGUGCUGGUUGGACACAACACUUCACAGGUGCUAAGGAAUGGCCCCGGGAAUGCGACAGAAGGAGGACAUUAACGUGGGUGGAAUGUGAUUGUUAUGGUACUUAGGGUUUCAGCAAUAUUUAUUAAUGUUAAUUAAAAAUUUAUGUUAUAGUACAAAAUAAAAUAGUUGUUAUUGUA